CGUCCACCAGCGUCGGCCGGUGAGCGGAACAGGAGCAAAAAUCGAUCCAGCUCGGCGAGUUUCGCUGUUCGCGAUGUUUUUAUUCGAUAAUGGUGAUGUUUAGCGGCUGGUGGACACAAUUAGCGUCGAUUUGAUCAAAUAGUGUUGUAACGACGACGACGUCACCGAGUCAGUACGCUCGGGUCGGCCGCGGAGGAGGGUCGACAGUGCAGUGCGUCGUCAUUUCCAAACGUGUAAAUGCUCUACGAUUUUGUUGUUUUCGGGCCAAACUGAUGAAUGGGGCCGUGUUGUGAUGGCCAUCGUCGCCGUAGCGUUCGCCGGGGAUGGAUAAUGAACAACCCCACCAGGAACUCGUCAAGUGCGUGGUGGUUGGCGACACUGCCGUCGGCAAGACCCGUCUGAUAUGCGCCCGGGCUUGCAACAAGCAAGUCUCUUUGGCCCAGCUACUGGCUACCCACGUCCCGACGGUAUGGGCCAUCGACCAGUAUCGCAUCUACAAAGACGUCUUAGAGCGUUCCUGGGAAGUCGUCGACAGCGUCAACGUCUCCUUGCGGCUAUGGGACACCUUCGGCGACCACGAGAAGGACCGGAGAUUCGCCUACGGACGCUCGGACGUCGUCUUGCUGUGCUUCAGCAUCAACAAUCCGGUCUCGUUGCGCAACUGCCGCCUCAUGUGGUUCCCCGAAAUUCGCCGCUUUUGCCCGAGCACGCCCGUUCUGCUCGUCGGCUGCAAGAACGACCUCCGCUACAUGUACAGGGACGAGGCCUACUUGAGCUACUUCAGAGACAGAAGUCCCUUCGUGCGAGCCACCCGCAAGAGCGACCUCGUGAUGCCGGACGAAGCCCGCGACGUCGCCCGCGAGCUGGGCCUCUACUACUACGAAACGUCGGUACUUACGUAUUACGGAGUUAACGAAGUGUUCGAAAACGCCAUCAGGGCCGCGCUGAUCGCGCGCCGCCAGCAGAGGUUCUGGAUGACCAAUCUCAAGAAGGUCCAGCGCCCCCUCCUGCAGGCACCCUUCAAGCCGCCGCCGCCCAUGAAACCCGAGGCCCUCGUCGUCACCGGCUCCUACUCCGACCAUAUGCACCAGCUGUAUCUAGGCCGCGCUCACACCGACAUCGUGCUCGUGGUGGGCUCGGUGGGGUUCCCCGCGCACCGAUUCGUGCUGGCGGCGUGCAGUCGGGCCUUUUACCGCCUCCUCGCCGCCGACUUGAUGGCCCGCAGCACGAGCGACUCGAGCAUGGUGAGCUCGCUGGGCGACUUCGCCGACGACACGGAGUGCCUGGUGCGGGCCGAGCAGAAGACGUGCAAGAGGCGGGCGAGCUGUCAGGCGCUGCCUUCGGCGAGGGAGCUCGACCAUCCGGCUUUCCACUGCAUAAGGAACGUGCAACCUGAAGGCCAAACCGUGGUCACCCUUAGCAAGCUGGUGACUCCUGGAGCCAUGCACCAGUGCUUGCAGUUCGCCUACACGGGGACGAUCGACCGCAGCGCCCUCAACCUGCAGGAAACUAGAGAAGCCGCGGAGUUCCUGGAGUUGCCACAAUUACUCGUUUUGCUCACUAAACACCCGUUCGUCGGCCCGGAUCACCCCGACGAAACCUACGAGAACUUCUUGAAACGCAGACUCCAGGACAUCUGCCUGGACCAGGGCUUGUUCGCCGACGUCAUCUUCGAGCUGGACGACGGGGCCUGUGCCGCACAUAAGGCCAUGCUGGCGGCGCGCUGUGACGUCAUGAAGGCCAUGUUCAGCGGGGAUUUCCGGGAGAGUCAGGCCAAAGUUAUCGAGUUUCCCGGAGUGCGGGAGUACACGUUUCAUAAGCUCCUUUGCUUCUUGUACACCGACGAAAUUCCAGCGGUGUCUGCUGUGAGAUGUAUUAAUCUAUUGGAAUUAGCAAAUCGGCUGUGUUUACCAAGACUUGUCAAUUUGGUUGAAAAAAGAGUCAUCGAAGAUUUGGAGUGUUUACAACCGUCUGAAGCUAUUGAGCAAUGUUUACGGUUAUUGGAACCCGUCAAGCUCCACAAUGGCCACCAACUCGCCGAAUGGUGUAUGAACCACCUCUGCGUCAACUACAACAAGCUUUGUCGUAUGUCGCCCCGCAGUCUCCGCCUGCUCCACCCCGACAACCAGGCGUACCUAGUGGAGCACCGUUGGCCUCCCGUCUGGUACUUGAAGGACUACGACUACUACCAAAAGUGUCUGGCGGAACGCGACAAAGAACUCAAGCCCACAAUCAAAUCAACAUCGGGCUGUCUGUGUUUUUCACGGAAAUCCGAGUCAGAUCCGGCCCUGUCCUCUAGCCAACUCUGACGCAAAACUCUGUGACUGUUCAAAACAAAGCAUUUUACUCAUUUCACCGAUUCUCUCUCAUUAUUGUCUUAACAUAUUCGUAGGAUAAGUGCAGUGGCCGCGUUGUGGCGACUCUCGAGAUCGUAGCGCGCGAUCGAGAUCAUUCGUAAUCGAGCAGUUCUAGGCCAGUGACGCGACACUAAAUUUACAACUAAAUGUGAAGCAGCUUGUAGCGUGGAAAGUGAAAAGUUGCUUUUUUGUUUCGUAUUUGAUGAAGCAAUGACUUUUUUGGGGUGGCUUUUGCGGUUUUCACGGUGUAAGUGCUAGGCCUAAUGUAGUUUUAGAUUUGGGCGCUCGAUUGCGGGUGGUUUUGGUGGCGCGAUUUUUCGUGUGUUGGUGCACCCUGUAUACUGCGCGUUAGAUCGUAAGCCUUUAAGUAUAUAAAACGACUAGACUGACCUUGCUCGGGUAGCUACAUCAUGUGGUAGGUGAUGGUAGAUGGCUUCGGUCGUGUGUAGCGCAACAUCAGUGGCGUACGCUGGGAGAGAAAACAAAAACACCUAUUUUUCUACAUGUAGACGCGUCAAUUUUAGUUCUUAGGGGAAAUUAGGUCCGUCUAGUCUUUUCGACUCAUUCUAUUCAAGAAUUUUUCUACUCAUGUGCGAAUAUUGAAGAUCAGUGUCUCACUGUCUUUUUAUUUAUUCGUUUUUAGGACCAACUUCUCGAUGACAAGUUAGGUGCUCCCUUUAUCAAGCAGACUUGUCAUUUUAUGUGUUCUCUGAUUAAUUUUUAAGUUAGUGUGGACUAUACAAAGUAGGUUUUAGUUCACUGUAUAAACGGCACCACUCGGAAAAUCAUAGCCUACAUUGAAAUUUUAACCGUUUUUGCUUUGCUAUCUCAAUUAGGUAACACCAAAAGGUUUCGUUAUAAAAUUUAUAUUCCACCAUGCUUACAGCUUCUCGAUUAAGCACCACCCUUCAGAACUUUGCACCCACCACUUUCAAAACUUGAUGCGUGUGGAAUAUAGAUUUUAUCAGGGUUAUUUUCCAUUUACGUUAAGGCAAAACUAUAGGGAGAUGUGUAAUUAAUCCAGAAAAACAUCUACCUACUCAACAAUCAUGUAUGUGUGCAAUAAUUUGCUAUUCUAAUAAAUAUUUGUAUUAAACUUCA